AUGUUGCUCUUGCUGUUGGCGCUACCUCUUGUGGCGCAGGCGAAUGAUGUCCAAGUCUCCAGUGAACCGGUUCCUAUUCGGCGAGUGAUUAGCAAGGACGUUCUCUAUGACAAGCUGAUGGGCUAUUGGGUUGGCCAACUCGUGGGCAAUUUCAUGGGUUUGCCCUUCGAAUUUACCUAUUGGGAUGAGCCCAUGCCCAUUGAGCCACAGACUUACUACGACGAGGCCAGCGCCAAUGCCUCCGGCCUCAACGUCAACGGACCUUGCGAGAGCGAUGGACGUGGCUGCAUCCCGCAGACGCUGGAUCAGCUACAAGGGGCCUACACUGAUGAUGACACGGACAUUGAGUUUGUGACGCUCCAUGCGCUGGAAAAACAUGGCCUCGACUUGAACUAUGAACAAAUUGCUGAGUACUGGAAGACCUACAUCAACAUCAAAGUCAAUGGCAGUGACACACUUUGGUUUGCGAACAAAGUUGCCAGGGAAAAUAUGGACAAAGACUUGGUACCUCCGGCCACCGGUUCCAAAGCCAACAACGAGUUCUGGUGGACCAUAGAUCCACAGCUGGUGAACGAGUUGUGGAGCGUGAUCUACCCAGGUAUGGUCGACCAGGCCGUUGACCGUGCUGAGUGGGGCGCCAGAAUCACCAGUGACUCAUGGGGAACCCAUCCCACCAGGUUCUAUGCUGCCAUGUACAGUGCGGCCUUUUUCAUCCAAGAUGUGCGUGUCCUCUACCGCAUCGGACGGCAAGCGGUUCCCAAGAAAAGUCCCUUCCGGCGGGCGCUGGUGAAGGUCUACUUGUGGAAGAAGCAGAGUCCGGAUGACUGGAGACCUGUGUGGCAAAAGAUUCGGGAGAACUUCUCCUAUUAUCCGAAGGAUUGUGGUGAUAUGCCAUGGCCUUGUGCGGUUUCUUCAAUCAUCAAUGGGGUGUUGGGGGCUAUGGCCUUCCUUUAUGGGAACGGCGACUUCAAAAAAACCGUGGGCAUUGCCAUUGCUGCAGGCUUUGACUGCGACAACCAGGCGGCCACCCUGGCGGGCUUACUAGGCGUCAUGCACGGUGAGAGCCAGAUUCCGCCAGACCUCACCCGCCAGAUUGCUGGGAACAACUGGGCGAAAGCCUUCAAUGAUGUCUACGUCAACACACGUCGGCCACCCCUCCCCAGAAAUCAAACCAACUCCGGAAUUGUUGGAAAAAUCAUGAUCCUCACCCAGCGGGCGGUUGUGGAAGAGGGAGGCGAGGACUUGGGUGACAAAUUGGCGAUUAAAGUCUCGCAUCAAGUGAUGGGAGGCUGAGCUGUGGCUUUGGUGAGCUUGGUGAGCUUCAGGUUUUAAGAGGCUUUUGGACUGUUUGCGAGUCCCCCUUGCUACAGAUACUUUUGCCCUGCCUGUGACACAUGUGCUCGGGCAGUGCUUUCUGCAUGUUUCGUUGGUCAGAUAGCUUGGAAAUCAAGGACGGUUUGAACUGACAUAGCCCUUAAAGAUUGUAAAGGUAAAAUUCGACUUUUUGCAUGGGCUCUGCGAGAAGCAGAAGCUCAGCGUCACCCUCACCAGAGUGGGUGAAAUUACAGUUCGCCAUACCCAUGCAUGGGACCCUUGGACACUGGUGAGUAUGGACACUGGUGGAAGCAGUGCCCUCACUUUCCAAGAGUGAUGAUGCAAGAGGAUGGACCGAUGGACGCAUGCCUGACGCCAG